CCCGAGCGAGUCGGUCGUGGCGGCGCAGCCCGCUCCCCCGCGCCCUAUGUGAGGGAAUCGGGGAGGCCAGCGGCGCGCAGGGGAGGGCGAGGCAUGUGCACGGGCCGGAGGGUGCUGCAGCCGCCCGAGGAAGAGGAGGACGGCGGCGGCGAGGAGGAGAGCGGGGGACUCGCGGCGGCGGGCCCGGGCCGCGGGGAUGCAGCGGACUGUGUGUGUCUGGCUGUAGCUGACGCGAGGCGGCGAGGAGGCGCCGGAGACCCGCGAGAGGGGCGACCGGGAGGCGGCGGCGGCCGAGAGAAGUAGCAGCAGGACGGGCGGCGGCGGCAGCGGAGACGGCAGCCCUGAAAUGCAUUUUCUUCUCCAGCGGCCAUGUUAACCAGGAAACCUUCGGCCGCCGCUCCCGCCGCCUACCCGACCGGCCGAGGAGGGGACAGCGCCGUUCGUCAGCUUCAGGCUUCCCCGGGGCUCGGUGCGGGGGCUCCCCGGAGCGGAGUGGGGACCGGCCCGCCCUCCCCGAUCGCCCUGCCGCCUCUCCGGGCCAGCAACGCUGCCGCCGCAGCGCACACGAUCGGCGGCAGUAAGCACACAAUGAAUGAUCACUUACACGUCAGCAGCCACGGCCACGGCCAGAUCCAGGUUCAGCAGCUGUUCGAGGACAACAGUAACAAGCGGACAGUGCUCACGACACAGCCCAAUGGGCUCACCACGGUGGGGAAGGCGGGCUUGCCGGUGGUGCCCGAGCGGCAGCUGGAGAGCGUCCACAGACGGCAGGGCAGCGCCACAUCUCUGAAGUCUAUGGAAGGCCUGGGGAAGGCGAAGGCCACCCCCCUGACCCCUGAACAAGCAAUGAAGCAAUACAUGCAAAAGCUGACCACCUUUGAGCACCAUGAGAUUUUCAGCUACCCUGAGAUCUAUUUCUUGGGUCCAAAUGCAAAGAAGCGCCAGGGCAUGACCGGUGGGCCCAACAAUGGAGGCUACGACGACGACCAGGGAUCCUACGUGCAGGUGCCCCAUGACCACGUGGCUUACAGGUACGAGGUCCUCAAGGUCAUCGGAAAGGGAAGCUUCGGGCAGGUGGUCAAGGCCUACGACCACAAAGUCCACCAGCACGUGGCCCUGAAGAUGGUGCGGAACGAGAAGCGGUUCCACCGGCAGGCGGCAGAGGAGAUCCGAAUCCUGGAGCACCUGCGGAAGCAGGACAAGGACAACACCAUGAACGUCAUCCACAUGCUGGAGAACUUCACCUUCCGGAACCAUAUCUGCAUGACGUUUGAGCUGCUGAGCAUGAACCUUUAUGAGCUCAUCAAGAAGAAUAAGUUCCAGGGCUUCAGCCUGCCUCUGGUUCGCAAGUUUGCCCACUCGAUUCUACAGUGCUUGGAUGCUUUGCACAAGAACAGAAUCAUUCACUGUGACCUUAAGCCCGAGAACAUUUUGUUAAAACAGCAGGGUAGAAGCGGGAUUAAAGUGAUCGAUUUCGGCUCCAGUUGUUACGAGCAUCAGCGUGUCUACACGUACAUUCAGUCCCGUUUUUACCGGGCUCCGGAAGUGAUCCUCGGCGCCAGAUACGGCAUGCCCAUCGACAUGUGGAGCCUGGGUUGCAUUCUAGCAGAGCUCCUGACUGGUUACCCACUCUUGCCUGGGGAAGAUGAAGGGGACCAGCUGGCUUGUAUGAUUGAACUCUUGGGCAUGCCCUCUCAGAAACUGCUGGAUGCGUCCAAACGAGCCAAAAAUUUUGUGAGCUCCAAGGGUUAUCCCCGUUACUGCACGGUCACGACUCUCUCAGACGGCUCUGUGGUUCUCAAUGGAGGCCGUUCCCGGCGGGGGAAACUGAGGGGCCCACCCGAGAGCAGAGAGUGGGGGAAUGCACUGAAGGGGUGUGACGAUCCCCUUUUCCUUGACUUCUUAAAACAGUGUUUAGAAUGGGAUCCUGCGGUUCGCAUGACCCCUGGCCAGGCUUUACGGCACCCCUGGCUGAGGAGGCGGUUGCCAAAGCCUCCGACGGGGGAGAAGACAUCCGUGAAAAGGAUAACCGAGAGCACUGGUGCUAUCACAUCCAUUUCCAAGUUACCUCCACCUUCCAGCUCAGCUUCCAAACUGAGGACUAAUUUGGCACAGAUGACGGAUGCCAAUGGGAAUAUUCAGCAGAGGACAGUGUUGCCAAAACUUGUUAGCUGAGCUGAGUCCCCCGAUGCUGGUAAUCUGAAAGAUACGACGUUGCUGAGCCUUAUCGGGUUGAAAAGGAGUAGCUCAGACCUGUUUUUAUUUGCUCAAUAACUCAACUCAUUUGUAUCUUUUCAGCACUUAUUUUAAUGUAAGAAAGUUGUUCAUUUUGUUUUUAUAAAAUACAUGGGGACAAUGCUUUAAGUUUUUAUACUUCCUGAAACUGUUUUUGUGUUCUAAAAGUAUGAUGAGCCUUACUGUAUCUAGUGUGGCAGAGUAAUAAACAUCAGUGGCAGGCCAUUGAUUACUUCGUGACUGCUGCGCAUUUACAGAUUGGUGUCGAAGACAUUCACUGUUUCUAUGGUUCAUAGUAUAUUCUCCCCAGGCGACUGCCCCCCGAAGGGCCCCCUCCUCCCUCCAUGCACCAGGUUCAUGCACAGGGGUAGCAGGUCCUGCCUCCGUUUGCCGUAAGUCUCGUGGGUGAUAGCAAGGGCGGGAGAAGAAUGGUCAGGAAAACAGCGAUACUCUAAGGAGAACUGCACCUUAGGGACUUUUUUCCCCAACCAGUGGUCAAACAGACAUGACCUCCCCAAGGUUGUAAAUGCCCGCUUAGCCUUCUGACUUUCUAAAAGGUGGCCAAGCACACCUGGGUGGAUAAACGGAAAUGUAUGUGUUCCUUCAAAUUUUCUAAUAUGAUCAGCAAGCUGUUUUGUAAAGAAGCCUCAGAUUACGGACUUGGUUUUGCACCUAAAUAUAGAAAUGUAUUCCAUAAACUGUUCCUUCUCUUUGCUUUCCUCCUCUCUGUUCCUCUUUUACCACACAUCUGUUGCUUGCAUUUAGGUUUUUUUUUUUUUUCCUUCCCUCAGAUAUAUAUCCCAGACUGAAGAGAGACAUUUCAGCUGUGAUUAUGACCAUUGUUUCAUAUCCCAGUUUAAAAAAGAACAGCAGCCUAGCUACUUAAGGUGGGGAUUUCCAUAGUUCCAAAGGUUUAGCAAAUUAGAGUGAGUUCACACUUUUCAGGUGCCACUGUAAGGUUCUCUUAGCCUGGGAAAGCAUCAACUCUUUCUUUAAAGAGAAAGAAGGUUGAAAAUCCUCUUGCUGAACAGAAGUCAUUGUGACUGUUCAAUGAGACCAAUUUUAAUAACAAAUUUAAAGGAGGAGAAGCUCAAAUGCAAGUUAAAUGGUUUGACUUAUUUGCGUCAUUAGAAAUACCACAAAUUGCAUUUCUCUAUCUUACUUUCUUUUGGAUUGCACUGAUUGUUUUUGUGGGAAUGACACUUUACCUGGGAAAGUAACUGAGAGUUAGGUAAAAGAAUAUUUUCGUCUCUGAAUAAUAAUUAUUUUCAAAGUGAAAAAUUCAGUAUUUUAUCACUAAUGUAUGAGCAGUGAUAUUUAACAAUUUCAAGGCACGUUGAAGAAAUUUUUUAGUAUGUGCAAUUUAAUAUAGAAAGAUUUUUGCCUGUUUGGAAAAUAGGUUUUGGGUAGUGUAAACUAGGAUAAAUAAUCUUUUAUAUGCACAGAUAUUAUUGUAUUGCCUGUAAAUUGAUUUACAAGUACUUAAAGCAUGGUCCCCGGCGAGGCCAAGAAAGUUUCCGGUUAAGUUCUUUAACUAUUAGUCCUACAGUUUCUCUUAACUUAAAAGAAAAAAGAAAGUAGUUUUUGGAAUAAAACACUUAUCUUGAGGUUUUGUCAGUUGUUGGUGGAGAAAAACGCUCAGGAAAUAUUACAGAUAUUUGCCAAAAAACAGUAAUAAGAUUAGCUUAUUAAAAAGAUAGUGAUGUUGUUAUUUGCUUUUCUAUUUAAGGGUGUCACUGAUAAAUUACUUUGUACUUCUGUAUUUAGAAAUUAGAGCUUCUUUCCCCAAAUUCUUUAGCAUACUAUACACAUCUCUGUGUAAUCUGUGGAAGUGCAAUAAUAUGUUAGUAAGUUGCUUUUUAAAUGAUGCUCACGUGAUGAAACCUCCAAUCAGUGGCUUAUGGAAUUUAAAGACUGUAUUUAUUAUUGAAAUUCUGACUUAAAGGCAUAAUUGGUAUGGUGGCUUUGUAAAAACCAUAAGCCUCUGAAUGAUGGUUUGCUUCUUGAGGUCAGUAAAAGAAACAAAAACAUAAAGGCUGUUUUCCCCUUGCAAUGCUCCUCUUCCAUACCCACCCUCGUCUUCACAGUUAGGUUUCUAUGAACUUGAGCCUGCCAUUAGUAGAAAUUUCCCUUUAAAAUACAUGUGAAAAUCUAUAAAUGGACUAAUACUGCUUGUCUUUCCCCCACCACAUAAAACUAGUUCUUAAGAUGCCAAUAGUACAUUUGUGACUAUAUUCACAAAUGUAACCGGAAACUUUUAAGCCAAACUAUAAUGUGCAGUGCUAUGCACCCCCAUCCCCAAAUACAGUGAAAUUUACUUCAUUCACAAAGAGCCACCGUGUUCAGUGUUUCGUGAUAGGGCUGCUUUGAAAAAAAAUUCUAGCUUAAUUACGAUGUCCAAAAAAGAAAAAAAAAAUGUUGCAUCUCUGUGAUCUUAAAUAAAUGAAGGGCUCUAAUAGGCUACUAGGAGUUGGCUUGGAAACAGUCCUUGGUCUCACAGGUUACCAUUGUCUAGGGAUGUCUGAGCUGUUUUCAGAUUUCAGACUAGCACAGUGUCUUGUCUUUGGUUGCAGUCUCAUCUGGCUCCGUUCCUUGCACCUCCACAGUGCGCAUGAGCACGUCAGGGCGUUGCUACGACAGUGGAACACUACGGUGACGCGGGACAGUGCAGAUCACCAGUAGAGGAGAAGCUGUGCCCUUAGUGUUAACAAUGUGCCUUUUGUUCCGAAUGCCAUGUUGUAGGGCAUGCAUUUUUGGGCCUCUUUAACUCUUUGAAUACCAGGCAGUGAGGAUGGAACCCACCUCUGCAGAGCUACAUCUGUCUUAAAUACCCAGUUACUUACAGGCCUUAAUAGAAACCGUAAGGCGUGACUCAUCAUCAGGCAUUGAGGAAGGUAACCACUGGUUAGUCACACAGGAAAUUCCUAUGUUUAAGGGGUUAAAGAUGGUCUUUGUUGUAUCUGAACAUCAGACUGAUUUUUUAAAUGAUAUUUUUUUGUUACGCUAACACUAGACAAAAACCAACUGUAUUUGUAAAAAUUUACCUCAAACCAUUUAAUUUUAUAGUGUGAUUAAUCCCAGGGCAUUUGGUCUGAACCAAAGUGCAUUCCUUUUCUAUGUGCCUGGCUCUAGUACGGAUGGCCAGGGAUUUUUACAAUUUGGGUGCAAGGCACUUCAGCCACUUUUAAACUUAAUGUGUGGUUUGGAGUCGUGUUCAAGGACUCCAUCAGGAGGUUAGGCAACACUUCAGGCAUCAGUAGCAUUGGGCCAUAUUGGAAUCUUAAAAGUGUGAAUUAUUUUAAGGAGAGCAUUCAUUUUUGUAAUUUUUUUCAUCAAGAAUAUUUCUGGUAAGCAGAAGACUUUAAAAAAAAAAACUGAUUUGGUUGGUAAAGGUUUUAAUAUCGCCCAACAUAAUGCUGUGGUAGCAUUUAAAAAAAAAGUAUUUGUCAACUCUUGUUUCUUAGGGGCUUGUACAUCUCUCUGCUAUGGACAUAUAAAAUUAAUUGUAAUUAUACUCAGCUCAACUGCUACAGUUAUGUCUAGGCAGUGGCUUGGGUUUUUAUCGAGCAACAACUUAGACACGUGACUGUAAUAUGCUGCAACUGUGUGUACUGAAAAUAUGUGAAAAUGGUUGAAUGUGGACUGUGUAUAUAUGUAUGUAAACAUUUCUGUGAGAUGCUGCUGUCGCCACUUAACAUGAAAUAUGUUCUGGUGGAUUUUAAUCCUAGUGGCCAGUUCUAUGAUACUGUAUGUAUUGUACAGCUGAAGACAGGAGUAAGACUGUUCAGUGAAUAUUUGUUACAUUUUAUUGUCGUGGCCAGAGAUAAUUUCAGAAUAAAAAUUUAAUGUCCUA